AUGGCAGUGGAACAACAAGCCAAGUCUGGCUGCUUACUAGGUCGUCUGCAUCGCAGCUCUCAGAUGAUGUUAUGUGACUUCGCUGAAAUCGAUCCCUUUGAAGUACAGGUUCGCCUAACAAGAACGACCGCGGAGAAGUUAGCUAAACUCUCAAUAAGUAGCUUGUGGACCCCGGCGGCGAAUGCGGCGGCAGCAAAUUCUACCCUUGGAAUGGUUACGGUCUUCAACGGAGCAACGCUAGAUUUUCCGAAAAUCGAACGGUAG